UUUCAUUCCUAAUAGUGUUUAUAUAACACCCUCCAAUUUCACCAAAACUCCUUCGCUAGAUUCUCGAUUCAAAUCCACCAACCACCACUCUUCUUCCACUAGUAUCAGAAGAAAAAUUAACCUCAAGAUGGCGGCCGCCGGCUCCACCACCGCCUCCGCCACAAACGCCGAUCAAAAUCCAGGUCAGAUUUCAGGGAUCGAACAAAAGAAAAUAAUCAUACAAAACAAUUGCGGCGAGAAACUUGUGGGUUUGUUACACGAAACCGGCUCUAAAGAGAUUGUGAUCUUAUGCCAUGGCUACCAAUGCACAAAGGAUCAUAGUCUGAUUACGGACCUUGCAUCUGCAGUGGAAAAACAAGGGAUCAGUGUAUUCCGCUUUGAUUUUUCCGGAAACGGUGAAAGUGAAGGCUCGUUCCAAUUUGCUAACUAUCAUAAGGAGGUCGACGACUUACAUGAAGUAGUCCGACACUUUACUAAAGCGAAUCGUAUUGUAACUGCAAUCGUUGGACAUAGUAAAGGUGGGGAUGUGGUGCUCUUAUACGCAUCUUUACAUCGUGAUGUCCAGACCGUUGUCAACGUGUCGGGUCGUUGUAGUUUGGACAGGGGAAUCGAGCAGCGUUUGGGAGAUAACUAUUUGGAAAGAGCCAAACGAGACGGCUAUAUCGAUGUCAAAUCCGGAACAGGAGAAGUGUUGCUUCAUGUGACUGAAGAAAAUCUGAUGGAACGUUUGAACACGAACAUGCAUGAAGCGGGACUUAAAAUCGACAAAGAUUGUCGGGUUUUGACCGUUCAUGGAUCAGCCGAUGAUAUCAUCCCGGUUGAAGAUGCGUCGGAGUUUGAUAAGAUCAUAAAGAACCACAAAAUACGAAUCAUCGAAGGGGCUAACCAUGUCUACAAAAGACACCGAGACGAAUUAGUUUCCGCCAUUUUGCCGUUCAUAAAGGAUGGUAUCGAUAGCAACGACAAACAGUAGACCAUGAACCUAAUUCGCGUUGUUUGUCAAUCAUUAAAACUUCGCUUGCACCAACAGUUAGCAUGAUUGUAAUAAGUCGAGUUCCGUUUUCACGAAGCCCACUUCGGUUUUCGAGCUCGCGACACUAAUGACAUUCUAUCCCGAAACAUUCAUCUCGUCUAAAA